AUGGCCGAACCUCGUAUUAGCCAUGAUGAGUUCUUCGCCAAGUUGGCUGAGCUUUUUGACCACCGCAAGGGCAGUGAUCAUGGCGCCGUCGUCCUGAGCCAGAAACGCCUGACCUACGGUCAGGACAUCCCCGCUCCCUCGGAGGAGGAGCCCUCACCAGACCUGCACCCCGGCAAGCCUCUCCCUCUCAUCAUCCGGGCAACCAACGCCAAGGGGAAGAAGGAGCGCGCCAAGAAGAUCAAGCUCACGACUGUCGUGAAUCCCGAGGACCUGGAGGCAUUUUACGUGCGGUACGCGGACGUAUGCAAGGCGGGCAUGACAGCCUUGAAGCCCAGGGACCGGAGCAAGAAGAAGGCAAAGGCAAAGAAGAAGAAGGCUGCGGCUUAA